CCCGAUGCAACCGACAAGGUGCGCGGGCGUCUGGUCUGGAUACAAGUUUCCAGGGUAGAUGGUAGCGGCAUGGGCCUUGAGCUCGUCUGGAGGUUCGAGGUCCCGAUGGCUCACAACUGGUACGCAGCGGCAGUCACCUACAGCCAGCCGCAUCGGAUCAUCUCCGUCGUCGAUUGGGCCGCAGACGGCUCCUCUGGUUCACUGACCGACCUCCUUGGCUGGUUUGCGCCUCUUCCGAAGGAAGCCUCCACUGAGGUCCUGACCACUCGCGCGCCGGCGAAGUAUCUCGUACAUGAGUGGGGACUCAACGAUCCUACCGAGGGCGACCGCACGUUCCAGUAUGAGAACUUCGAUGUUCUCGCCAGCCCUGUUGGCUGGCAUGUUGUCGAGUCAUCAAGCGAUCCUACAGCUCCAAGCAGGGGGACCCCACUCUUCAAGAACACUUCCACGACCUGGGGUAACAAUGUUAUCGCUCACGAAAACUGGGCAAGCAUUUGGGAAUGGGUAACGCAACACAGGCCCAAGGGUACUAUUGGUGUCUCGAGGGGUGCAGACGGCGAGGAAAGUGAACGUUUAGUCUUCGACUUCCCGUACGCUCCUCGGGCCACUAGUCCCCCCGAAACGUUGAAGGAGGCUUAUAAACACAUCAAUGCGACCGUCACACAACUGUUCUACACGGCAAACUUGAUUCAUGACCUCUUCUAUCGCUACGGCUUCGAUGAAGUUUCCGGAAACUUCCAGCAAUACAACUUUGGUCGCGGUGGCAAGGAGAACGACGUACUUAUUACCGAUGCCCAGGAAGGCAGUUGGUUUAACAGCGCCCAGUUUUUCUCCCCUCCUGAUGGCCGGAAUGGUCGCUGCCAGAUAUUCCUCUGGAAUUUUGCUAACCCGUACAGGGAUGGUGUUAUGGAGGCUGGCAUCAUUAUCCACGAGCUUGCGCACGGCCUUUCCACUCGUCUCACCGGUGGACCAUCGAACUCCGACUGCCUCAGCGGGAACGGGGGCGAGGGCAGUGGUAUGGGAGAAGGUUGGGGUGACUUCUUGGCCACCACCGUUCGCAGCGUGAAGGACCUCGUCGCCGACGCUAAGGCUGCGGAGAACGGCGUUCGUGAAUCUCGCGACUAUCCUAUGGCUGCGUGGGCCUCCAGCAAAGCUGGGGGUCUCCGGAAACAUCCCUACAGCUUGGACAAGAGUGUAAAUCCAACAACCUAUAAGACCCUUGAUAACCCCCUCUAUUGGGAAGCGCACGCGAUUGGUGAGGUCUGGGCGCAGAUGCUUUGGGUGGUCGAGCAUCAUCUGAUCAGGAAGCACGGCGUCUCGGACACGCUCUUCCCGCCCAAGCCACUCGAGAACGGUAAAAUCCCGCUCGGCGACUUCUACCGCGAAUCGACCGCCGGCAAGCUCAUCCCGAAGCAUGGCAAUACGCUCGCGGUGCAGCUCGUCAUCAGCGGCAUGAAGCUCCAGCCCUGCCGUCCUUCGUUCCUCAACGCGCGCGACGCCAUCAUACAGGCCGACUGGCAUCUCACCGGCGGCGAGAACUACUGCGAGAUUUGGCGUGGUUUUGCGUCGCGUGGGCUUGGCCCUGAUGCCCAUGUUCAGUUCUCAGUGCCGUGGUGGGGCAAAAAUCUCUUCCGCACCGAGGACUUCGGCGUGCCCAAAAAUUGUCGCUAGACGUCCAACUGAGCCUAUCCUUGGCGAGAUGAUAUCAGAGGGGUGCUGGCUGUUUUUGCAGUGCUCGAUUCUCUCCUUCAUCUCGAUCUGUUCGAUAUCUUUCUUCAGUAGUGCUAUGCGGCCUGUUAAACGAUCCAGGCUUUCAUUGCUAACCC